CCUGAGACAGGUGAGACGUGUCAACUGAAGACAUUCCUGAGACAGUGUCAUGGAUGAGUGAGUCAGAAGAUUCCCGAAAGCAGUGGCAGAUAAGUGUGUUGACACAGACGGCCAAGGACCCCCUCUCGGAUAUAGACAUCGAAGCAUUCAUGAAAGACUUGGUGACAAACAGAUGCAUUGACACACUCCUGGAGGACUUUGCGGCGGAUAAAUGUAUUGACACACUCUUGGAAGAUUUCAUGGCGGAAAAUGAGAUUUCACUCGUUUCUCGAAAAAUCCUCGUUGCACCAAAAGCAAAGAUUCCUCGUGAACAAGGUGUGCAUCCUUCAGACAUAGAUGAGGGCCGCUACUCCACAACUUUGUUGGCUCGCCGGCAGGUGCAGGUGCGAGUUGUCUUCAUCAAGAUCGAGGAGAUCAACACCGUGGAGGAGCACUACAGUGGCAUCGUCUUCAUCCGGGCACGCUGGCGUGAGCCGUCACUGGACUCCUCACCCAACAUUGAAGCGGACAAGAUCAACUGGGGGGACCUGUGGAACCCGUUGCUGGAGGUGCAGAAUGUCAAGGGCGAGACCAAGAGCAGUCUAGUGCGCGAGCUGGACAUCGUGGGCAAGGGCGAGGUCUUCCUGGUGGAGAAGCGCCGCCUCAAGGGAACCUUCGAGAGCAUGGAGCUCGGCCACUUCCCCUUCGACAUUCAGGACUUGUCCGUCCUCGUGACGUCAGACUUGAGGGAGGAGGAGGUGGAGAUCAUUGAGGACGAGCGUGACCUCAGCCUCGUCGACAUCAACGCCUUUGGAGAUGAGCAGGAGUGGGACCUGCACAACUGUGUGAUGUCGGAGCCCAAGACCCUGACCAGGACCGACUACUCUCAGUUCACGCACACCAAGCCAGGCCGCUUCUUCCGCUGCUGCGCCUCCAGACGGUCAGGCUUCUUCGUCUGGAACAUCAUGUUCAUCAUGACCAUCAUCAGUUUGUCAUCGUUCGUCACCUUUGCUCUGGACCACACGGCCCCAGCCAGUCGUAUCCAGCUGUCCUUCCUGCUGCUUCUGGCCGGGGUCACCUUCAAGUUCAACGCCAGCCAAUCAGUGCCGCGCAUCUCGUACCUCACACACCUGGAUCGCUUCAUCAUCGGCAGCAUGAUCUUCAUGUUCCUCGUGUCUGUCUGGCAUGGCGUCCUCACGCGCAUCAGCGACCAGAACCUCAAGGCCGACCUCGACAAGUGGGCCUUCAUCGGCUUCGUCAUCCUUUACGUCGUCCUUAUUAUCGUCUUCCUCAUCGUCACGUCCAUCACGGGCUACAGGCGGCGCUCGGAUAUCGAACACAAGAAGCAGGAAUACUAUGAAAAGGCCGAGCGGCUGUCAGGAAACAAACAGUCGUUCAAACGGCCCUCAAGAGGUGGACUUCGUCGGAGCCUGGCCAAAGUGGGUUUGUUUUAAGGCGCCUGAACAUCGUGCAGUCACCAUGUGAACACCAUGCAGUGUCCUCAACCCAGUGAACACCAUGCAGUGUCCUCAGGCACGUUUUCUCCUCACGUUGUUCAGAGGAAGAGGUGUUGUGAGAUCACGUGGUGCUCAGUACGUGGAGACAGUGUGUUCUACGGCAAGUGUUUCUAUGACGACCUGUCCUGGUGUCUCCUGCCUUAUUGUCGUCUAACUCCAUAGACCUACUCUAUAGACCUCCUCUAUAGACUCCACAGACCUACUCCACAGACCUAUUUCACAGACCUACUUCAGUGUGUAACUCCACUGCCGUUAUGCAGAUGUCGCCUGUAGUCUUCUUCACAAGGACAUGAGACGUUAGUGAGGACAGAUGGCGUGCGCAGGUGCGUG